AUGAUUUAAGAAACUAAAUUAUCAAAAAACUAAAGAAGUCCCUCUCCACAUUUGAAAAUUAAGAAGGAUCAUAAAAUAUAAUAAUUAUCCUCUCUUAAUACUAGUUAUUAAUCUUUUGACUAAUAACAAUAAUAUCCUGAAGAAGGAAAAUUAUUAAAUUUCAUCAUUGAACUUGAAGAACUAUAAUAAAAGUCUAUCUUUAAUUUAAAAUUGUGUUCUUGCUUAUUAGAAGAUGUUUAAUAGAAAUGUAUCUCUAUUUUAUAUUAUUUUAGUGGCCAUUACAAAUGAUCCUAAUAAUUCUUAAUUAAGAAGACAAUGGCAAUAUAAUAAACAUUACUAUUAAGAAUUUAAAUAUUCACUCUAAAGUGAAUAUGUUUAUCUUGGAAAUAGUUUGCAAAAUCAUAAGAUAUCAUAACAAUUAAGAAGUAGGAUGGUUGAUUGGAUGAUUGAAGUAUUAGGUAAUUAUACUGAAACCACAACCAAUGCUACUUUUUUUAGAUCUUUAUCAAUUAUGGACUAUUUCUUAUCCAAAUCAAAUACAUAAUAUUUUGAUCAAAAUUUACAUCUCAUAGGAAUUAGUUGCAUGUUUAUAGCCACUAAAUUAGAAGAUAUUUAUCAUAUACCUUUGGAAGAUUUCGUUUAAAGAGUAAGUCAUAAUAAAUAUUCUAUGUAAUAAAUUUUUAUUUAUUUAAAUUAGAAAUAAAAUCAAAGGUAUGGAAAAAAUCAUACUAGAAACCUUGAAUUAUGAAAUCACAUUUCCUACAAUUCUUGAUAGGCUUUAUAAUCUCUAUUAUUAAUGUUUCAGUUUAAAUGAUGAGUAAUUUUAAUCAUUUAUUCUAGUCCUAAUUUAUAGAACAUACUUGAAGCAAGUAUCUAUAUUUUAAAGAUGUGCCUUCAUGAUUAUUCAAUUAUUUAAUUUCAUGCAAAUACCCUAACAGCCUCUACUUUUUUUUAUUCGAUAAGUGAUUUCGUUAUUUAGAAAGAUUAUCAAAAUUAAAAUCAAAUAUUAGAUUAAUUUGUACUUAUUCAAUUAAAUUUAUUUUAGAGUUCUAGGAUUAUAUCAAUAUCUGAGAUCAAUUAAAUAGAUUUUAAUUAAUGCCAAGUCAAAUUAAAAGAACUAAUCAAUUCAUUUAAAAAAAAAUAUCCAGAUCUUUAAAACUUAGAUAAGUUUUCUUGA